GACGUUGAAAAGUGUCUUUUCUUUGGUAAUAUGUCGACUAGUUCAUGAAUAUGUUACAGUUUAGCCUGUUUGGAUACUUGUCUUGCCAGCACAACUAGUUGUAAGAUCGAAUAUUGCACCUCAAAAAUCAAUCUUGACCAUAAAUGUGAAGUUUUCUGAUGGAGCAUAACAGGCCAUAUCUUUUAGGUUUGGGAAGUCAUUGAUUUCACCGUGUAGGAUGCUUCGUUUUUCUAUAAACGGAUACCAAAAUGUGUGGAAAAUUGUGUUUGGAAGGAUUUGCUGAGGGAAAGAGAAGGCAAUGGAGAAGAGAAAAAAAAAAUACUCACUAGUCCCUUUUCCUUUUCUUCUCUCUCCCCAAACCCCGCUAUAACUCCAGUAUCCAAAAAUAGCCACAGGUUGAUCCAAGCAUAGGUUUCUUCUGUUAUUUUUUCCUUCCUGUUUUCUCUUGUGUAGAAUGAUAAAGUUUAGCCUAAGAAAUCUCCUUUUCGUGACAAUUUAGCAGCACAGACUGAAAGCACAUCUAUGCCAAAGCAGAAGGCUAUGGAAGUGGAAGACAGUUUCUGCAAGGCCCAGUCAAAACUGCUAUAUUUAGAUUGGAAACAUUCGGCAGGAACUCAAAACUUGUUGCAGUAGAUUCGCGGCAAUGGCUCAACCAAAUGGCUUGCGAAAGAUCAACACUGCUGGGACACCUGCAACUCCGAGGGGUCGUGCCUCCCCAACUUUUGAACAGCUUCUCCAUGGUGAUGCCUCGAGCUGGGCAUCAAGUCCAACAACUACAGUUGGGAAGGACCACGAGCAUGGAGAACAUGAUGACCACCAUAACAAGAAAUCGGUUCUCGCAAAAGUGAAGGAGACAGCUAAGAAGAUGAAGAAUAGUCUCAGCAAGAAGAAGCAUGGGCAUGAGGAUACCGGUUCACCCUCAGUGGGAGUUACCUUGGAGGAGGAGGAGGAGGAUGAACAUGAGGAAGAUUCAGAAUAUCUCGGAGCCCCAAUGUAUGAAUCAGAGAUGGCACCGGAGCCCUACAAAGAGACAGCACGGCAGCACCCCAGAGCAAUCCCCGUGGUUUCUGAGAAUCGUGUUUUGCUAAGCAGUGUAAAAAACGAAGCUGAACAAGAAAAGGAAAGGCCUAACAAAACAAUAACCGAAACUGUCUCCGACAAGCUUGGACCAGCAUAUGCUGCUGUAUCGGACGCAACUCAUGCAAUUGCUUCAAAAAUCGCAGGCCUGACUGUUGCAACAGACACUGGGGAUGAUUCUGCUGCUGUUAAUGGAAUGAUAAAACUGGGAAAAGGUUCCGAAAUGUGGGAUAAAGGUGUUUCGGUGAAGGAGUACUUGAUGAACAAGUUUGAGCCCGGGGAAGAUGAGAGAGCACUUUCUCAGGCAAUAACGGAGGCAAUUAGUCCAAGGAGAGUUACUGGAGAUGUGGGUGUGGUGGAGAAGGUGAAAGGAGCCGUGAAUUCGUUGCUUCACAGUGAUGAUUCUUCCUCUUCCCAAUCAGCAACCAGAGCUACACCUUUAUCACCGCCUGUUCCUGUCUCUACUAAUCUGCAACAGAAGAAAGAGGCUCCAACUUCGUUGCUUCGAAACGAUGAGUCCUCCUUCCUUUCAGCAACCAGAGCUGCAAAUUUGUCACCUCCCAUCCCUGUUUCUACCAAUCCCCACCAAGCUACUGAGGAAGAAAACCAUGGAAGAAUACUCCAAGCGAACUAAAGGUGGAAGCAGGAAGCCGUGGAAGAAUACUCCAAGUGCAGAAUUUUUGAGAGUUCAAAUAAAGAAACAGGUCUGUGGAUUUGGUGUAGUUAGUUAAUUUCAUGAAACAACUAAUAAAUUCAACCCAGUGAUCUGCAAUUACUACUUGUAAUCCAAAUUACUCUUGUGAGUUUUCCUUAUCUUUUAGGAUGUAAAUUGAGUGUGGUUAUCUGCAAAUGAAGACUGGUAGAAACCGCGCAAUGUCUAGGUGUGUCUACCAAGUUAUCCCCAAGUGCAUGCGUUGCUCAGAAUAUCAGAAUCCUGUUGGAAUUUCAUGAACUCAUACGACUCGUUUUGUCUGGCAAUACCUUUCUUUAAAGGUCAAACUUCAUUCAGGGCAGCCGAUUAUUUCUACUCUACAGUUUCUGGUUUGCCUUCGGCAGUCAAGUAUGUAGAAACCUGUUUCAACUUCGAAGGAAAGCUGGUCUCCAGAUUAGUUAGUCCAGUGGGAUGGAUACGCAGAAGAGAGGUGACAAUUUGGGUCUAGUA